AUGGAGGAAAGAAACCACCACCAGGAGAAUAUGCACGACGCAGAAUCCGUCGUAUCCGGCCUGAGCUCACUAGAAAACGACGCGGAUGAGUUUGAGAGACUGAUGAUACAAAAUGAACGCGACGAGCGGCGCUUGAGUCAGGCGCUGGGCAGCAGACCUCAGGCCUUUAGGAAGGCGCGGACACAUCCACGCGUGGGGCUGACGCUUGAGAACUUGGAGAGGAAUAAUGCGGCUGCUAGCGGGAUGAGCGCGCAACCCAAGUUUGAUAGUCCGCCGAGCAGUGGAAGCGCGAGGAGCGGGCCGGCCAUACAUGCGCCGGCCACUUGGGGGAGGAAAGGAAGGACCAGCGCGAGUUGGAUGCGCACAAUCACGUACGAGGAGGAGCAGCAACAGGCCGACGACGCGAUGAACAACAACAGCCCGCUAUCGCAUAAGACGUCGAUACAUGGCACACCGCGCAUCGACCAGUCGCAAGAAUGGGACCUUACCUUUGAGCUCAAUGAAGCUUCUAUGAUCGCAUCCACGCCGUACAUACCCAGGAGCACCAAGCUAGACGACAUACGGCAGAGGGAGAUUGAGGCCCAGAAGGAACAAGCAAUCACGGCAGCCCAACCAGAGCGGGUACGCGAGCCCUCGCCAAUACAAACAACCCGACGACCUCCAUCUAUGCGGACUCUCGACAGCGUAGCGGAUAGCACGGCUACGGCCGACACAACAGCCCAGGCACAAUCGUCGUCCAAAACGAGGCGCGCACGGACGAAGUCAUGGCAGUUGAUGGGAAAGUCGCAGCCGGUCACGGGUAUGGGCAGUGAGGAUCCGCCCGUGGCCAUGUACAAGAGCGCUGAAAACAUAGCUGCCGUGGAUCGCGAAGUGAUUGCGACAGCCAAGAAUGGUCCCGCGAAGCGCAUGCCAUAUCGAAGAGAGGACUCGCAAGAUCUACUGCGUCGGUUAGCGAGAGUCUCAAAUACACCAAGCCCACAACGCGUAGAACCGUCACGACCAUCAACAUCGGUAAACAGCUCGCAGACACUGCCUCCAGACGCGGAGCGCGCACAAUCAGAAGAUAAAGAGACCCCAAGCGAAGCUCCUGUACCUGCAGCCGAGUCCGAGCCCGAGCCUGCAGGGUCCAAGGCGGAAUCGCUACCAGAGCAGGAACCGGAAGGUGCACCCCGUGAAGCUGAAGCUAAGGCUGAAGCUGAGCCUGAAGCUGAACAGCGCCCAGAGUCGUUACCGGACAAUGACGCGGAAUAUGUGCACGUAGACGCUACACCACUUCCCAAAGAGCGGCCUGUCUUGAAUGCAAAGACGCCAGUGGUGACUGGUGCUUGGGUGGACACCCCAGGUCCACGUACCACAUCAAGACCCGUCACCAGCGAAGGCGCAUCAUCACGCUCACUUUCGCCCCGAAAGAGUAGUCCAAAAGGCAGUCUUCGCAGUAAAGCAUCAUCCGAACGACCCGCCUCAAUACCCGAAGCACCAGAAGAAGCACCCCCAAACCCCCCCACAGGAGUCAUCCGUCCCAAAGUCUCCACCUCCGCCCUCCAAGCCGUCGUCGACUCCGCAAAAUCCCAGGGUCGAAGAGAAUCAGCCGACUACGGCGACUCAACCAUAAACUCCCUCGAAGAACUCAUCACUCCUUUACCCAACAGCCCCCCGCCAGAAGAAGACACUCUCCAAGGCCUCCCCUUACCUACCAGCACCCCCCGCAACGAAGCCGAGCGCCAACGACAACAAGAAGCACUCCACCUCCACCGCAUGGCCGACCACCUCCGCGCUACACGCACUAGCCUCCGCGACGCCAGCCGCGGCAUGAAGCGCGUCGAGGACCAAAUCGUACACGUGGAAGAAGGCGAGAAUGGAGAAAGAAUCGCUGUGAUUAGUGCUUCUUGCCCAUGUACCUCCUCCUUUCACCACAUGCAAGCAUUUUCAAUGUGGCAAUGGUGGAAAAGUCUAUUCUGGGAACAAGAAUUGAAAACGUCACGGUAUACGUCGCAUAGCGGGUGGAGAGUCUGCGGCGGACUUACGGGGUUGAGUAUUUUUCUUAUUGCGCUGUUUAUGUGGUGGGUUGGUGAGGAGAUUGCUUGUGAAAUAUACUGUCACCCAACCUACGCAUACUCGACCCCCUACCCCUUCAGUGUCCAACCAAACGCCCCCAAAUACCCAUACGUCAUCCCCACGCUCGUCUACCGCUCUUGCAUUCGCGAUUGGUGGGUUCCCAUCUCCUCUUUCUUCGGCUGGAUCGCUACGACCAUCUGGGGCUGUAUUUUUGGGUUCCAGGAUGCUGCACAGGGUGUGGGUGUUGCGUAUGCUGGCGGCGGUGCUGCUGGGUAUGCGGCGAGGAGCUCCGUCGGUGUGGGUGGUGGUGUGAGGGAGAAUCGGUGGGUUAGUGAGGAGGCGGCGAGGUUGAUGGAGGAGAAGGGAUGGGAGGCGAGUAUGUUUAACGAUGAGGUGUUGGCGAGGGGGUGA